UGGAGUACUAGUAGUACUACUGUACUGCUGGAGUACUGGUAGUACCACUGUAGUGCUGGAGUACUAGUGGUACUAUUGUGUAGUGCUGGAGUACCAGUGGUACUACUGUAGUGCCGGAGUACUAGUGGUACCACUGUACUGCUGGAGUAGACGGGUACCACUUGAGUACUAGUGGUGCCAAUGCACUGCUGGAACACUAAUGCUACGACUUGGUACUGCUGCAAUACUCGUGGUGUGACUAUAAUGCUGCAGUACUAGUGGUACUACUGUAUACUGUAAUAAUUAUGUAAACUAAAGUAGGCAAGUGGAUACAUUUGGGUAUCCUUGUUGUUUUAUUGAUUUGAAUACCUUUAACACUAAUUAUUGCUUAAGUUCAUUGACCCUUGACCUGCAUACACAAGUGAAGCCAAUCAUGAGAAAGGCUAUUUAAGGUGGCCAACAUGGUCACAUGACCUGAGAGCAUAGAUUGUUCAACAUCAUGGUCUAGGGGAAGGAUACAAAAGCUAGCUGUCAGGUUCCACUCUGAUCAGUUCUAGUUAAGGUAUAUGAAUAAUCCAGCAGUAGAGUAGAUAUGACGUGGAUGUAGGAAUGGCAUACGUGGCGAUCUUGUACAGGAAGUGUGAUUGUUGAGCUGAAGCUAACGUAGGCUAGCUGAGACUAGCCAAAGGUAAAGAAAAUAGAGGAGGCUGCUGUGACACGUGGUGAAAGCUUUAUUGGCACCAAGGCGGGCGGGGGCGGGGCGGCGUUUCCGUCUACUGUGGUCGUCCUCGGCCAGUCAUCAGCAAGGUGACAAAGUCCCUGGCGGCCCGGUCCCGCAGGUAGUAGCUCAUGUCGCUGGUGUAGGUUCCAUCGGCGUGGCGCCUGAAGAGGCUUCUACAAACACCACACGGUCACUCCCAUCCUGCCUCGUUGUUCUGAUAAAACUACCACCGGCUACGACCCCGCUCACCCGUUUCGUUUGGAGUUCUUCAGCCACUGAACGAAGUCUUGAGCUCUUCUGGUUUCCAGGUAUUUACUGUAGUCGUUGGAAAAGGUUCCCUCCGAGUGUCUCUUGGUGUUUGACAGCUGGAGCCCUUCACCGGAGACCGACUUGUCGCUGGAAGGAAAACAAGGCCUGGUGAGUCCAAUCACACAGUAGUCCUCCACAAGGUGUCCAGCCUUCUGGUAGAUGAGGCAAUGCUCCCAAGUGUCCAUAAGGUGGCAGCAGAAGGCGGAAGAAGAACACGUUACAGGAAGGAGGAAGUGAGAGCGCACAAAGUUGCAUUGCAGGGAUGUUAAUACACACACGGUACACAACAAUACUCAAUAGUGCAUGGUGGUCUAUUAGGAAAUACAUUUUUUUUUAGUGGGGAACCGAUAUUUUCCUGAAAGUUACUUAUGUUCUCCUACUGAUUACUAAAAAAGACAAAAAGUUAGAAAAAAACUUUUUUUUUUCCUGAUGACAGACACGUGUCUCAUCUUUCCUGCGCUAGCUUCCAUGUUGCUACAGCCGAAGAAGACGAUGCUAUGCUAAUGCUAUGUGUGCCGUGGAAGAUGAGUCCAAACGGCUGCCAUUCAGUGACUUGAUCCACGGAGGAAGCCCUUUUGGAAGCAAAGGUGAUGGUUCCAAAGGGCGUAGCAGUACGUAGGAUGCAACAUCACAAUAUGGAGUCACCAUGGAAAAGCUCACCUGGUGUCAGCGUGGGGGUCAGACGCCUGCCGGCUGCUGUGGAUGACCAUGAGGAGCAGGAGUCCGGCCAAAGAGUGAGCGUGCUUCAUCCUGUCUGGGGACCUUCUGGGAGCAGGGAACGGACGCACAGGAUGUUUUUCUCGGCUGCAUCGAGUUUGGUGGCGCUCCCAACGCCAAGAGAGGCGGUGAGGCCGAGGAUCUGGGGCAGCGGCACGGUCUCCUUCUGCUCCUUCUUCAGCCCAUUGUUCUUGUUCUUCUGCUUCAGGUAACGCAUCAUCACCUGGUUGUACACUUCCCCCUUCUUAGUGUGAUGGCACUCGUCUAUGAUGAUCAGGCUAAUAUCUAGCAGGAGAAGACAAACAUGGCCGGGAUGAUCAAGCUUAGCUGCAACAUGUUUGGUUCCAGUCACAUCAACACGUCACCAUGGCCAUGAAAAUAUUUCCCUGGAGAACUCUGAUAGAUGUUCUCAUGUGAAUUUCAUCAGCCGAAUACUGACGGCUGAACAGACGUGUGGCCUGGACGCCCGCAGAAAAAGACAAGAAAUACACGCAUCACGCGCUUCCAGGCGUUUCCACAAACAGCAUAUGUUCCACUGAGGUGGCUAUUCCACCUUGGACUGCUGAGUGCCAACAAGAGCUGCAAGACUCUGACAAGAUCUUGUCAUGUAUCAUCAUGGGAGAGCCUCCCAUUAGCACAUAUUCACAGUCUGUGCUUUAAGAUUUUUUCUGGGUAAAAGUGGAAAUGUAGUCAUGUUAUUAGGUUUGUUCUCUUUAAGGUCAGCCAUGCUUGUUUUCCAACCUGGGCAAUAACGUUUACAGUGCAUCUUUGUGUGUCAAUAUCCUAUCUUAACACUUACGGCCUUACAGACAAGUGUUAGUGCAUACAUGCUGAAUAUACUGUAUUAGGGCUGCAGCAUAAUCACUAAGAUACAAGGGACUUAUGGCAUCAUAUGUGUCCAUCGGCUGGGAUAGGCUCCAGCAUACUCCCGCAACCUGAAUGAAAAUUGUAAAACAAACACUGACUUUCCAAGGAAGCGUUGGACGAGGGGAAAAGCCCUCGGAGCACACAAAAAUCCUUAUCGUCCACCUGAAAUCCCACACCGUUUGAAAAGUGCAAAAAGUUUGCUAGAGACAAACAAACAGUGGCUGCUCGGACCAUGUGCCCGAAUAUGGUGCACCUUGCUGGGCCACAGCAGGUGGCUCCUCCCCCUCUAUAGUCUGGUUCUCCUGGUAGUAGUCAUGAUAUCUCAUUAGGACUAAUCAACAGGUACGGGACGAACUGUCCUUCUUACCUCCAAGUGUGCUCAAACUACACUCUCUAGAUAUUUGAAAAAGUAUUGCAUUUCAUGUAUAUUUUCUCAUUUGGCUUAUAUUUGAGUGUAGUCCAAAAAUUACGGUUCAUCGUGAAAUCUCAGUCCUCAAAUAUCAGAGAACAUUUUACGAGACCUUCAUUUUUCAGCCAUAAAAUAGAAGAGCACCCCCACCGGCUAGCAUAUGCUAGCAAUAGUGCAGUUUCCACAUGGGUAUCACGGGAUCUUGUUUUUUGAUGAACUACUUUACUACUUGAUGAACUACUUUUUUUCACAUGGUUUCAGUAUGCCCGUCUAUGCGCCAAAACUCCUCCUUUGUGGUUCCAACAGAAGAAGCUGAAGAUCCUACCCUUGAGAUGCACUCCCUCGUCUUCUCCUUUGACCGACCUCUCCAAAUAGUUUUGCAGAAUCUGGGCCGUGCAAAUGACGACAUCAUUUUUCUUCAUAAUCUCUGUGAAAGAGAUUUUCAACAAAGAGUUUCCACUGACUCUUUCCACUUUGUACGCGUGCUUGAGAAAGCGUUGGAACUCUGUGGCGUGGUGCUGCUCCACCAGAGGAACCUGAGGACAAAGAACAUUCCACUCAUCAGCACAUUUCAUCUCCCAAACCACAACUUUCAUUCUUUUGCUCAGAGAGCAAGAACUCCCAAAACAUGAAGAUACAAGUUCUUGAUUCCAAAUUCAAGCAGCAUCCCAAAUACACUGAAAAGAUUAGCGCAGGCAUUUUAGAUGUACUUCCUCUACGUGCCGGCCACCGCCAACACCGUGUGCGUAAUCAUGUGUCAAAACAAAUGGUUGCCGGAGCCAAGGGAACUUGCGUUAUGCGUUAAAGUGGGCCAAUAAUACACUUGCAUACAUGUACAUAUAUAUAAAUACAGUAAACCUCGGAUAUAUCGGAUUCAAUUGUUCCCACUGGUUUUGUCCGAUAUAAGCGAAAUCCGUUAUAUGCGUAUACCGGAAAAUGUCCGUUUUACGCAUACAUCGGAUUUAUAUCCGGUAUAUGCGUAAAUCGGAUUUUAUCCGUUAUAAAAAGGCACUUCCUUGACUAUGUUUCCAAUGUACCUGGACGCGCAGGCAACGCUGCAAACGCUGCAAAUGACGUCGUAUAGCGGCCUGUCAUGAUUUGGCGAAUCGGAGCGCCACGAUGCGGCCAUCCGAUAUAUGCGAGGGAAAUUUAAUGGAAAUGCAUUGGAACGGGACUGGAGAUUUUGUCCGAAAUAGGCGAAAUCCGUUAUAAAAAAUCCGAUAUAUGCAAUGAAUUUUUAUUGGAAAUGCAUUACAGAAAAAUUGGUUCUUUUUUAUCUGUCCGUUGUGAGCGAAUUUACGAUAUAUCUGAGUCCGAUAUAUCCGAGGUUUACUGUACAAUCUUACUUCUUGUCCAUAUUCUUAUACCUUGUUGACCAGAACGACCACUUUCCCCGUCUUCCGAUCCGCUCUCCUGCGUUCCAGAUGUUGACGAGUAACAUAAACCGCCACCCUGGUUUUACCACUUCCGGUCGGGAGGCAGAUGAUGAUGUUUUUCCCCUCCAAGGCAGGUUGAGCCACCUCCUUCUGAUAAUCCCGAAGAAUAAUUUCAGCUCUAUCUGGGCUGCCGGGAGCUCCGCCUGGGUCACUUGGAUCUGCAAAGCACACACAUUUCAACACCUGCUCAGCAAACUGCAAUUAUGAAGGAAAACAUGCAUUAUAUUAACGUAUUUCAGGUAUCAGGUAUCAAAUCAGAAAUGGUCAAAAAUUCAGAUAAACACACUCCUCAACGUUGUGGACAGCCUUCCAUGUAGAGUUGAAGCUGUAAUAGCUGCAAAAGGUGGACCGACAUAUUGAACCCUAUGGAUUAGGAAUGGGAUAGCACUUAAGUUCAUAUGUGAGGCCCUUCACCAAGUCUGGAACUAAUGGCCAUUUUUAUAAACUUCCCUUGCCAUCCUUCCCCAAAGGUUCUCUAUAGGAUGUAAAUCAGGGGACCAUGAUGAUGGUCCAAAAGAGUCAUGUUAUUCUCCCUAAAGAAGUUGGUCAAGCCAGCAUUGGGAACUGCAGCAUUGUCCUGUUAAAGAACCCAGCUGUUACCACACAGACCAGGACCCUCAGUCAUGAGGGAUGCCUGCUGCAACAUCUGCACGUCAUCGGCUGCCGUUUGACAACCCUGCACCACCCGACGCUCUGGUGUUCGGCUGAAUGAAUGAUGGACGCCCUCCACUGUGCCGGGUAGAAAACAUCUCAUGUGGGGUCUCCUUGUCAUGCUGGUAACAUGCUGGUUUUUCUCAUCAGAGAAUCAAACUUUUUUCCACCUUUCAAUGUCCCAUGAUUGAUCAUCCUUGGCAAAGUCUAAACGGGCAGUUUUAUGCCGUUGAAGGAGAUCAGGUCUUUGAAUUCCUUUUUAAAAAAAAGUCUUUUCCCGCAGAUGGCGUCUGAUGGUUAUUGCGCUGCAGUCUGCACCAGUAAGGGCCUUCAUUUGGGUCCAGGACCACCAUCUUUCAGAAAAUGUCGACUGCGUCCAAGCUCAGCAGCAGUGGCACGAGGAGUGAUGUGAAGAAUGAAGAAGAGCAGCCACGCACUGCUGACAGCACGGAGAUGAGCUCCGUAGGGGACAAUGCUGCAGUGAAAGAAAAGCACGCUGGCUCCAGACCCAAGAUGAUGUCCUGGACUUGUGAACUUGCUUGUUGCUUGAUGGGAUUCUUCAUCUUCCUCCUGGGUUUUCUGGCCGCCAUCUUUAUCAUCAACUCCAAGCUCGAUGAGCUCAUGAAUGAGCUGAUCAACACACAGACUAAUCUGAAGCAGCAAAUCGACUUGAUGCUGAUGAAGCGGGACGAGUUGCAAGAGGCAAGUCGAGAGCUAAAGGAACGUCUGGCGGCCUCGGAGAAGAGAGAGGACAAUGUGGAACGGGUCUGGCUUGAGCACGAACAUUUGAAUGCAACCCUGAACACAAUGCUGACGGAUCUGAACAACCUCGAGCUCUCGGCAGACGAGUUUGACGCCCAGCGUUUGGUUGUAUCGCAACGCUAUGAUGGCAUCAAGGCAAGUCUCAAGAAGAUGACUGCCAGCAUCAAUUCCUGUGGGAAAAAGACUGAAGCAGAAAUAUCCUGUGAUAGUAUGUCACAAACAGUAAGCACACUGCAGCAGGAGACGGAUCAAUUAACAAAGGGGCUCAGCACCUUAGCGGAUAAAGAAACCAAGCAAUACAACCUGCUCUGCUACAGACUUGAUAAAAAUCAUCUCACCGAAAAAGAGAUCGAAUGCUGCCCCAGCGGCUGGGAACCCCACGCUUCACAUUGCUACUACAUGUCUAACGAGAGAGUAGAACAGGAAGAGGCAGUCGAAAAGUGUAUAAAGAAAGGUGGCCAACUCGCUGAUAUUGAUGACAUGCCCGAACAGAAGUUCAUCACACGACUCAUUUAUAAAGCUUUUCAAGAAAGACUGAAGAAAGGUGGGAAAAAAAACCCCAAAGGUCAUGCUGCCUGGAUCGGCUUAAAUGACAGGGUAACGGAAGGAGAGUACUUCUGGCUGGACGGCCGACCACUGACAGAGCCCAUAUAUUGGCAGAUAGAUGAACCAAAUAAUUAUGUGUCAGCUGGCGGGGAUCAAGACUGUGUGGUCAUUGUACCCCCACAAACCAUGGUGCAGGAUGAGUUUGACGACUGGGAUGACAGACAUUUUAAGACCUGGGAUGACCUGCUUUGCACUAACAAUCGAUACUAUGUGUGCGCGAAAAAAAGUGCCAUGGGCUGAUUACCACCUCUUCAUCUCAAGUCCCAGGACCCCCACCACCAAAAAACUAUGACAUUUUGUCAGGAUUACGCUGAAUCAUGAAAAGACAGCAACCAAGGCCGCGUUAAUCCUGGAAAGGAUGACACGGAACAGCAACCAAAGCCGUGGUUAUCCAGAAAAGGAUGACAAGGAACAGCAACCAGGGCCGCGUUACUCCCGAAAAGGAUGACAAGGAACAGCAACGUGGGCUGCGUUAAUCCCGAAAAGGAUGACAAGGAACAGCAACCAAAGCCGUGGUUAUCCAGAAAAGGAUGACAAGGAACAGCAACCAGGGCCGCGUUAAUCCCGAAAAGGAUGACAAGGAACAGCAACGUGGGCUGCGUUAAUCCCGAAAAGGAUGACAAGGAACAGCAACCAAAGCCGUGGUUAUCCUGAAAAGGAUAACAAAGAACAGCAACCAGGGCCGCGUUAAUCCCGAAAAGGAUGACAAGGAACAGCAACCAAGGCCGCGUUAAUCCCGGAAUGGAUGAGAAGGAACAGCAACCAAAGUCGUGGUUAUCCUGAAAAGGAUGAGAAGGAACAGCAACCAAAGUCGUGGUUAUCCUGAAAAGGAUAACAAGGAACAGCAACCAGGGCUGUGUUAAUCCUGAAAAGUAUGACAAGGAAUUAAAUAAGAUAAAUAAAAUUUAGCUAUUACUACCCUUGUGUAAAUACUUAACACUUUGAACAUGAAUGGAACAAAAUAGUCAUUAUUUGGUUACAUCACGUGCAUGUUUUAUUGGCAAAUUCUGUGUGUUAACUUUUAUGAAACUUUUAUAAAACGUAUGUGUUGCUGUGUUGUAGAAAUGAACCAGUAGCCAAAAAGUAAACUAAACUGUCGCAAUUGAAGGCAGCUAUUCUGUCAGGACGUCAGUGUAAACAUGAGAGCACGUGACACAACCAGGAAGUGUUAGGAAGGUUGAUUCGCGCUGUAGGAGGAGCCUCCGAACGCCUGUACUGACAAUUACCACAUCCGGAAAGUGAUAGACAGGAAGUGGAAACCUCUGGAGUCCAUGGUAACGAAACGUAUUAGCUUGAGGAAGUGUUAAGAUAUACACUUAUUCCGCCAUUUUGUGGCCAUCACUCGCAACUACAGGUGUAUGACUGUACUCACAAUGUCCAUGUCGUCCUUUGUGAUGAGUUCCCUGGAAAAACACAACGUGCAGACUACUUUGGUGUCCAUGUCGAGAAGACUGGGUACUAGUAUGUCAAUCAUCCGCAUGCAGUGGUCGUUCUGCUCUUCCACUUCCGGGCGGGGCAGCUUGACCAUCAUGUAGUUCGCCGCUUGUUGGCACCCGGCGUUGCACAAGGCGUCCACAAAAGCCUGGAACCAGCCUUCCGGGUGAGGCUUCCGAAGGACGGCACUGAUCAGGGCGUCCACGGCCGCGGAGUUACCGUCCGUUUUGGCCAUUUGUCUAAGAAAUUCUCUCUGGUCUGCACUGAUGAUAUGGAGACGAUCCAGAA